UAUAUGGCGAUAUAGAAGUUGUGUGCAAGGUUGAACGACUGUACGCAGAUUUCAUUUGGAGACAGUUAACGUUAUCCAAGGAGGAGGCGGUCUAGGUUUCAACAUGUGGCUUCCAGCGUGCAAAGCCUCCACUAUACAUCUUACUAUUAAAGAAACUUAGGCAGAAGAAGCUCAGAUAAAAUAGAUUUAAUAAAUAGUUUCUAAAGUUAAGAUGUCAUCACUUAUUGUACGUGGAAGUUUCUCCAAUGAAAUAUGGAGGAAACACUGCUUUGAAUAAGUGUGAUUUCAGGAAGGGUAAACACAAUUUCGAAGAAAGAAAUCUGCACCACCUUCAGUUCACAGCGUGGCCAGACAAGGACAUUCCUGAUGACGUCACCUCAAUGAGUUUAGACAGAAAGUGAACGCCUUGCCGAGUACGUUUAAUGGACCAGUGAUAGUGCAUUGCAGUGCCGGCGUAGGAAGAACAGGAACCUACAUAGCUCUGGACAUUCUGACCAAAGAGGGUGAAACAGAAGGAGCAAUAGAUAUCCCGGGAUGUGUUUUCAACAUGAGACAGAACAGACCCAGCAUGAUUCAGACUUUAAGUCAAUACAAGUAUCUACACGAAGCUUUGGUCCAUUCAUUGUCACUUGAUUGCUCGUUGAUAAAAAGAGAACACUUCCAUGAAUAUAUGAAUAUGAUGUCCAGCAAACAGGAGAUACAGAAGCAGUUUGAGAAAAUGCAGUUGAAUCAAGAGCGAAAGUCAGAACAGGAACUGCAGGCUAUGGAAAGAAAUCGGCUUCUGACAAAAAAGAACAGAAAAUACGCAGACAUACCAGGUGAUUCCAACAGACCACGACUUUAUCUGUUUUUAAAACCAGGCGAAUCUGAUUACAUCAAUGCGAUAUACAUCAACAGUUUCAAAACAAAAGACCGCUUUUUGGUUGCACAAACACCUCUGGCUGACACAGUUUUCGAUUUUGUUGCACUUGCUGUUCAAGAAAACUGUUCCUGUAUUGUCAGUAUGGAGGCACAGGGGAUUGGCUUAUAUGCUCCUGGUGACAACCUAUCAAUGAAGAAAGGUGUGAUUUCCAUACGUUCUGCCAGAGAUCAAAGUUCAAGACACUUUGUUAAAAGAAAGCUGCAUUUUGAACCCGACGAAAAGGCCAAGCCAGAGAUAAGAAUACCACACUAUGAAUAUUUGGACUGGGAUAGAAAUGACGAUACUCCAAAGUCGGCAAAACAUUUUGUUGCCUUCAUCAAAGAGGUUGAAGACGCAUCCAAAUCAUCUCACUUGAACGGACCGAUAUUGGUGCAUUGUAUGAACGGCGCUGGAAAGAGCGCACUUUUAUGUGUUGUCUCGACAUUACUUGAAACACUGAGUGAAGAUAAUGAAGUCAGUGUGGUCAAUGCGGUGAGGAAAGUCAGAGCAAGACGACCGCUUUCGAUUCCAAAUAAGGAACAGUUUUUCUUUUGCUACGAGUGUGUUCUCCAAUCCUUGAAUACAACAGAUGACGCUGUGUACUACAACACAAGUGCGAAUAUCAAGAGGAAGUAAACACGACUGACCAUUGUGAUACAAGACGUCGAUGUGUUGCCCUUUUCAAGAACACAUGAAUAUUAACAUCAUGGAUAGAUAUGUAAUCUUCAGCUUCAUUACGUAUAAUUUGCUAUGUUGACUUAUGUAAACGUAAAAUGAUUGCAGUUCUGCAUCACCGUAAUCACAUAAUUUACAAAACGCUAGUGUUUAUAUGUAUAUCUAAACAUUGUUUUUUGACUGUCAUUGUAAAUAUUUGCAUACUUACUGCACUCAUUAUUUGAGUCAUACUGUAGUGUAUUGUAUUUGAUCGAAACGAGAUCCCAUAGGAGAGGCAUAAAUGCAAACUUAUCGCGCAAUAGGUAACAUUUGAUAAGAUUCAGCGACAUUCAAUGUGCGCGUGGGGUAUACUUUCAGUCGUUAAGUUGAUGUAAGAACGCAGUUAGUGCUGCUUUAAUGAUUAAUGAACGCAUUGUACAUUAUCAUUGUCAUUACAUAUGUGUUGCAUUAUGCCGGAUGUAGAAGGUACUUUGAAUACACAAUGAAUACGAAACGUUUACAAAGACGUCAUACAAUUAAACAUUUUUUAUUUCAUUUUUAUAAAAAAAAAUGUUGUAUUUAAACGAGCCAUUAAGUAUUUUAAAUGUUUUUGGCGUUGAUAAGGUUUUUAUUGACAAAAUGUUUUGUACGAGAAGAUUUGCACGUAACAUUAUAUUUUAUUAAAUAUUUAAGCAUUUGCAUAACUGCAUAUAUAUAUAUUUUUAUAGAAGUUAUAUUUUUAUUUAAAAAUAGUUUUCUGAUAGUAAUCUAUGUUUUCUACCAACUUGCAUUGGCUUCAAAUAAUAUGUAUACUAUAAAACAGUUGAUAUAUGAAUAAAAGUGUUAUCAUUUAUCAAAAGGCAAAACGUGGAAUGGUCAACAUGUCCAAUGGUACAAAAACAUCAUGUCUCACUCAAACUUAUAUGACAUGAAUAUUAAAGUGUAAGGAUGAAUCUGAAAACAGGAGUAUUGUCUGUUUACUUUAUUUACGUUUGUUUUUUUUACAUUGUAUUAAAGCAUUAUAUGUAUUGAAAUGUUUUUAUAAUGCUCCAAAUUGACCUUAUUCAAAAAAAUAUGUUGUAUAUAUUUUUAUAACGAAUAAAAUA